UGUGUAGUAGGUGCCAGCGUUUUAAUAUGCCUGCUAAGCGAAACUGCAGAAGCUCUUAUAGGCGUUGAUGAAUGUCAAGCAACUCCAGUUAUUCACUUCUUGCAAUAUCCAGGAUGUGUUCCAAAACCAAUUCCUAGUUAUGCUUGUAGAGGACGUUGUAGCAGUUACCUACAGGUAUCUGGAUCAAAAAUUUGGCAAAUGGAGAGGAGUUGCAUGUGUUGUCAAGAAAGCGGUGAACGAGAGGCCAGUGUAUCCUUAUUUUGUCCAAGAGCCAAACCAGGCGAAAAGAAAUUCCGAAAGGUAAUUACCAAGGCGCCUUUAGAAUGUAUGUGUAGACCAUGCACUAGUGUAGAAGAAUAUGCAAUUAUCCCACAAGAGAUCGCUGGAUUUGCCGAUGAAGGCCCGUUUACGACCUCUGCGCAUUUUAGAAGAUCUUCCGACUUGCAGUAAUUCUUUUAUCAAACUUUAUAUUGUGAAAUUAACAAAAUAAAAGAAAAUAUUAAAGAUAAGAAAUACUUUAU